AUGUCCACCUCUCUCCAGCCCCUAAAACUCUACGGCCACCGCCCCGGCCCCAACCCAGUAAAAGUCCUUAUCCUCCUCAACGAGCUCUCCCUCCCCUACACAAUCGACGCGGUCCCCUUCAGUGAAGUCAAAUCUCCCUCAUAUCUAUCCCUAAACCCUAACGGCCGACUCCCAACCCUCCAUGACCCAAACACAGGUCUCACGAUCUGGGAAUCCGGUGCAAUAAUCGAGUAUCUGGUCGACCGCUACGAUACCUCCCGCCGCCUGAGCUUCGAGCCGGGCACCCACGAUUUCUACCUCGCGAAACAGUGGUUGCAUUUUCAGAUGUCCGGGCAGGGGCCAUACUAUGGGCAGCUGGUGUGGUUUAAGAAGUUUCAUGCGGAGCAGGUUCCUAGUGCUGUUGAGCGGUACGCCAAGGAAGUUAAUCGUGUGACUGGGGUUCUGGAGGGGUGGUUGGAAAAGCAGGCUGGGCUUUAUGGGGAGGGAGAUGGACCGUGGCUUGUUGGGGGGAAGUUGUCGUAUGUGGAUUUGGCCUUUGUGCCGUGGCAGAGGAUACCGGGGGCGGUUGUUGGUGUGGAGGAUUUUGAUCUCGACAAGUUUCCGUUUGUGAAGGGUUGGUUGGAGAGGAUGAUGGAGAGGGAGGGGGUUAGGGUUGGGGUCGAGGGGGAGAAGGAGUAA